GUUCUUAAUGAAUUAAACUUGUACAUGUGUUUUCGAAUGUAACAUUUCUAAGGAAAAAAGCAUCGUUCUAUUUAUUGAUCACGCGUGUUUGAAGGAGCGUGUUUAGCGUGCGAGUCAAUUAGACUCGCACGUAUAUCAACUUUCGUGAGAAACGAACGGCUGCCCGGAACGUAGUUGUCAUGGUAACGGUGACGUUUCGAUGCGUGUUUAAUGAGACCGGGCUGUAAGUGGAUACCCAGCUUAAAACAUGUGUUCAGUCAUUUUAAGAAUACUUGCAAUUAACAAUAAUGUUAACCUUAAAAAUCGGAAAUAUUCUCAUUUCCGUCAGAAAAUUGUGAUCACAUGCAUUAAAAUCACUGAUAUUAAGAAACCACAGUAACGAAUCAUUUCGAGUGCAGAAUCACAGAAUUGUUCAUGACUAGUUCGAGGUGCCUAGUCUCGAGUAUGUUAAUUUAACGACGCUUUGUACUGUUGUCAACCAAUGGCGUAUUCUGAUGAAAUCUGACUACAAUCAUAAUAUUAUAAGCAUAACAUGCUUGCCUUUAUGAAUAUAUUGGGAAUGUCACGUGUCAUGAACUCAUUCAGCUAUUUGUCUCACUGAACGACAAGAAAAAACUCGGAAUGAUAAUUCCUGCAGUUAUUAUAAUUGGAUCAGCUCCACCAUAUUAUUUAUUAUGGCUCGUAUGGAAAUUUUUUUCACUUGUUUUACCAUCGUGGGUUUAUCAAAAAGGUGAUGAUAUAUGUUAUUGUUGUUAUCAACGUUUCAUUUUAUUCUUCUUUGAAAAUCUAUCGGGUAUGGAGAUAAUAUUUCAUGGUGAUGCAUUAGAAGUGAUGAAGAAGAAGGAGAGAGUGAUUUACAUGAGCAACCAUCAAAGUACUAUGGAUUGGAUAGUAGUCCAUAUGCUAGCAGAAAGACAAGGCAGUCUCGGUCAUGUUAGAUAUGUAAUGAAAGACUCCUUACAAGCCAUUCCAUUAUAUGGAUUUUAUUUUUAUCAACAUGGAUGCAUUUUUGUAAAGAGAGGAAAAUUUGAUGGAUCUAAAAUGAAUUCUGCUUUAAAUUAUUUACGAGAUGAUAAAAUACCUUCAUUAUGUAAUUCAGAAAAUUAUUUGGAAAAAAGAGAGUACUGAACAGCUCCAGUCUCUCCUACAUUAUAAAUAGCUGGAGAUUAAUGCACAAACAUUGUGAGUAGUUCAUUC